CCUCCCUCUCUCCAGAGCCAUAAUCUUCUUGUGCUAACCAAACUAAACCUUAGCUACUAGCAGGUGCAGGGUGUCAUGCCUGAAGGAAAAACUAUUCAGUGUUUGUAAACUUGUGCUCAUUCCAAUGGCGUAUCUUUCUUUUCCCCAGUUUCUCUCGCUUCCUAGGUACCACAUGACUUGGUCCUAUUGCUGCACUUCUUUUAACACAGUGCAACUUGGGAAACUCGGGCCUGGGUGUAAAUGGGGUCAUGUCGCAAUGGCUAGGAAAAAGGCCUCUCUAGACUCUUCUAUAGAAGAAGAGCCCAGUGACAAUGAAUCUGUGGUGGAAAAGAAGACGACUAGGUCAUCUAAAAUUAAGAAGACAACAGUGAGGACUAGGAAGAAAACAAAAGAUGAGUCCCCUGGAGAUACAGAUGAUGCCUCUAUUGAAGGAAGCUCAGCGGCCGCUAGUGAUGAUUCCAAGAAAACUCGAAGGACUCGGAAAAAAGGUGCAUCUAGUUCUGCUGGCCUGGAAGAAAAGAAGGAAGUCAAGGAAGAGAAAAAGGUUAGAAGACGAAAGAAAACUGAAGAGGAGAAAUUAAUUGUAGAGGAUAAAGGUAGUGAAGCUGAAAUCAGUGACCAAGAUGAGCCUUCAUUUCUUGAAAAUGUGGAGGACGAUAGUGACAGUGGCUUGGAACUGAUAAAAGAUGAUGGAGAGGACAUUAGCUUUACUUAUGGAUGGCCUCCUCUUGUUUGUUGCUUUGGAGCUGUGCAGCAUGCUUUUGUGCCUUCAGGGAGACCCGCCAAUAGGCUUAUAAAUCAUGAAAUCCAUGAAAGCAUGAAGGAUGCCUUAUGGAGCCCUGAAAAAUUUGUUAGGGCUCCAGGGGGCUCUGCUGGUAGUGUUGCUAUUGCUCUUGCUACCUUGGGUGGCAAGGUUGCUUUCAUGGGAAAACUUGCGGAUGAUGAUUAUGGUCAAGCAAUGCUAUACUAUAUGAAUGCGAAUAAUGUCCAAACCCGAUCAGUACGUAUUGAUAGUAAAAGGGCAACAGCUGUAUCACUGAUGAAGGUUGGUAAAAGGAGUCGACUUAAAAUGAGUUGUGUAAAACCCUGUGCUGAAGAUAGUUUGACAAAGUCUGAGCUAAAUUUUGAUGUGCUGAAAGAGGCAAAAAUGUUCUACUUCAAUACACAUUCCCUGCUUGAUCGUAACAUGAGGUCAACUACAUUACAAGCCAUCAAGAUUUCAAAGCAUUUUGGAGGGGUUAUUUUCUAUGAUCUAAACCUUCCUAUACCACUAUGGCACUCUAGUGAAGAAACUAUGAUGUUCAUUCAGCAAGCGUGGAAUCUUGCAGACAUUAUUGAGGUCACUAAGCAAGAACUUGAGUUCUUAUGUGGGAUCACACCAUCUGAAGAAUUUGACACCAAAAAUAAUGCCAGGUCGAAGUUCGUCCAUUAUGAACCUGAAGUGGUUUCCCCACUUUGGCAUGAAAAUCUUAAGGUUUUAUUUGUGACUAAUGGAACUUCCAAAAUACAUUACUACACAAAAGAGCUCGAUGGUGCUGUUCUUGGGAUGGAGGAUGCCCCAAUUACCCCAUUCACUUGUGAUAUGUCAGCAACUGGAGAUGGCAUUGUUGCUGCUCUCAUGCGAAUGUUGACAGUUCAACCUGAUUUGUUAACUGAUAAAGGAUACCUGGAACAUUCCAUCAAGUAUGCAAUCGAUUGCGGGGUUAUCGAUCAAUGGAUACUCGGCCGUGUACGGGGCUUUCCUCCACAUGAAGAUAUGGAGGAAGACAUAACCCCUGAUUCAAAUGGCAUUAGAUCAAUUUCAGAAACAGAAUACCGCACAGCAGUAGGGUCUGCUAGUGAGUAAUAUCAGUUUUGUAGCCAAUGUUUCUCACAGUGAAAGUCUUCAUCCCUUGUAUAGAAAACUGAGUGUUUUAUUUGUUUGUUUCUUUCUGUGUGUUCCAUUUCUAGAGGUUAUAUUACCUUAGGCUGUUGUAUUUCCCAUUCUUUUUUUUAUUAAUGGCAUUCGCAUUAUAAUCCAAGCUCAAUUCCCCCACUUUA